AAAAAACAAUAGCGAAGUCUGGGAGCGUGCACAGAACCAAACUGACCUCAUGCCACGUUGUCAAACGUUCACCUGGAGCCUCUGACAGGGGGGGGAAAAAAAUACGAUUGGUGCUUGUUGCCAUUUGUUGGGACGUGCGUCCACCGUGGUGCGCUGGACGUCAGAACGUCCCUUGCUGCAGAGACGAGAUGUCCACGGGCGCUCUGUGAGGGUUAAAUUCUCACUGACACUUGACUUCCAUGUGCAGACCUCUCACUUUAACCCUCCUCAUUUUUUCCCUCCUCAAGUAAAUGUUAUAAAUAGCGCUGUGUGCUCGGCUCAUCGGCAAUCCUCCUCUCACCUUUUGCUCACUCCUCCUCUCUGUUUUCCUCACAGCUCUGUUGUAGCUUCUCCUAACUGCUCCCGUCAAGGUUUUUCUUUUUUUUUUUUUUUUUGGUGAAAGUUGCUCUGACGGAGGCCAUCAGAAUGCGCUCUGCGUCCUGCGUGCUGUUGUUAGGAAGCUGCAUCCUCCUGGGGCUCCCGGGAGUCCAGAGCCAAUGCCCGAGCCCGUGCCACUGCCACGGAGACCUGCAGCACGUCAUCUGUGACAGCGUGGGGCUCAAGAAGAUCCCUCAGGUUUCGGAGGCCACCCGUCUGCUGAACCUGCAGAGGAACAACCUGGGCACCGUCCCCUCGGGGGCCUUCAGCGAAAGCAAGGGUCUCGUUUCUCUGCACAUGCAACACUGCCAGAUACGAGAGAUCGAGUCCCAGGCCUUCAAGGGACUGAAGAAGCUCGUCUACCUCUACUUGUCCAACAACAAGAUCAGCAGCAUCAAGUCGGGCGCCUUCGAGGACCUCACCAUGCUCACCUACCUGUACCUGGAGGGGAACCAGAUGAGCGAGCUGUCCAAGGGGCUCUUCUCCCCCAUGAUCAACCUCUUCGUUCUGCAGCUCAACAACAACAGGCUGCGCGAGCUCCAGCCAGGGACCUUCGCGGGCGCCAAGGACCUGCGCUGGCUGCACAUGAGCGGGAACGAGCUGACAACGCUGCACCCGGGGUCUCUGGACGAAGUGGAGAACCUCGCCAUCCUUCACCUGGACAGGAACAGGCUGUCCACCUAUCCCAGUGCCGCCAUAAGCAAACUGCGAGUGGUGGAGGAGCUCACGCUGGGAAAGAACCCCAUGAAGACGAUCCCAGACAACGCCUUCCAGAGUUUUGGUCGCUACAUGGAGAAACUACACCUGGACGACAUGGGCUUGGAGAAGCUAUCUGCUGAUGCAUUUAAUGGUGUGACAGCACUUAAGUUCCUUUAUCUGGACAACAACAACCUGAAGUCUUUGCCCAGCACUAUGCAGCUAAGUGUCGACACCAACAUGACCCUCUUCAACAACCCCUGGACCUGCUCAUGCCAACUAGCGCCACUACGCAAGUGGAUGGACUCCCGCCAAAAUGAAACAGAUGCAAUUUGUGAAUCCCCUCCUCCACAGAAAGGCAUACAAAUCAGAAAAAGCACCGUUUUCAAGCGCUGCAAGAGCGAAAAGAACAAUAAGGGCAAGAAGACAAAGAAAUCUCGGACUGGUCGACGUCAGUAAACCGUCAGCUGAUCAGGAGGCACAGAGAAGGAGCCUGUCCAGGUGACCGGCUGCAGCGAAAGCAACACUUACCGACUCUGCUUUGAGACUGUCAUGAAGAAAAAGCUUUACGCUCUAUGCUACACAAAAAACAUACUCUUUUCUUUAUAUCAUUUAUAUCAAAGACUGAAUAAUAACGUGGACGCAGAAAACGAAGCAGCAGGAGGCAACCUGAACAGAAAAGUGAGAUGUUUUUAUUCUCCCUGAUGCAGCGGAGAUCUUGGUUUUAUUGAAGUAACUCUAAAGAUUUAGUUCACAUCUACGACUGUUGAUCAGGACUCAGAAAAGACCCAGAACAUCGAAAUGUGGUGCUUUCCAAAAGGUAUUCACGUCCCUUAAACUACGGUGUGUUUCAGUGGGAUUUUAUGUGAUAAACUAACACAAAGGAGUGCAUAACUGUUAAGAGGAAGGAGAGUGUGCAAGUUUUGACUUAUUUAAUCAAAUCUGAAAAGUGUGGCAUGGUAUUCAGUCCCCAUAAGUCAACACUUUCCAGAAGAUCUUUUGGGGUUUAUCUUAAUGUUUUUUACAUCCAGGGACUAAAACUUUUGCCCAUUCUUCUUUGCAAAGCAGCUCAACGUCACUCAGACUAGAUGAAGAGCAACAAAUCAUCCGUUUUCAAGUGAUGCCACAAAUUCUCAAUUUAACUUAGGUCUGGACUUUGACUAGGCCAUUCCAACACAUACAUGCAUUGAUUUAAACACAUUCUGAUUGCAUGUUUAGGGUUUUUGUCCAGCAGCUGAACUUUUGCCUUUAUUUCAAGUCUUUUACAGCCUCUAACAGGUAUUUUUUUCCAGGUUGGUCCUCUGACCAGCUUAAAACAAAAUGAUCCAUUCUCUCCCUUCCUCUUCAAAUGUAUGAGCUGCUUUAUGUUAGUUUGUUAUCUAAAAUCCCAGCUGAAAUUUGUGGUUGUAAUGUGACAAAAUGUGUGGAAGUUUAAGCUUAAAGUGCACGAACACUUCUACGAGGUGUCGUACGUCCAAAACGACACAAGAACAGGUGAUUCAGAAAUUAUUUGUCUUUUCAGUGUCCUUCGUUGUAAAAGGGGAACAGGGUAUAUUUUUCUUCCCACUGUGUGCAACAAGAUGACAAAUGUAAGAUUUCUAUGAUUUUUUUUCUUUCUACUAAAAUAUGUUUGCUCAUUUAUUGUAUAUUCUGUGUGUUUAUAUUUCACUUUUGGACGGGAUGAUAACUGUUCACAUCCAAUAAACCCUUUUUUAAAAAGUAAA